GGGCCCAUGGACAAUACUGGCCAGCUUUUUAGGUAUAAAAACGACCACUUCCUCCUCAAGGAUGCGUAUCGGAGUUGAGUUCCUUGGUACCGAAGCUCCCAGCAUCAUAUCACGUUUCACGGUACCCCCUAAGUACCGGUUUGCUUCUAGUCUAGUACCCUUUUUCUCCAGGUCCAUCCUGACGCCAUGGACGCCUCUAAGCCAUUUCGUGCCCCCUCUAUGUUUGUCAGCCAUGGAGCAGGCCCAUUCCCACUCUACGAGGAGGGCUGGGAGUCCUGGCGACAGUCUGUCAGCAAGCUUGGCAGUAAACUCGACGGCGUCAAAGGCAUCAUCGUCAUAUCUGCUCACUGGGAGAUGGAGGAGCCUCACCUCACCUCCUCCGCCCACCUCCGACUCUACUUCGACUACGACAACCCACCAGAUGGCCUAGUCCUCCCACAGCGGGUCUUCGAGGAAGAAUACGCAGUGCCAGGAAACCGAGAGUUCGCGGCGGACGUGGCACAACACCUCCGAAGUCACGGGUUCAAGCCGGUCCUUGAUGAGAAGCGCGGACUGGACCACGGAGUUUUCGUCCCGCUAAAGGUCAUGCGACCUCAGGCCGACAUUCCCAUUGUCCAGUUGUCCCUCCUCAAUGGUAGCGACGAGCAGGAGGCCACGGAGAGGAACUUGAAACUUGGACUGGCGCUGGUGCAAUUGCGAGACCUUGGGUACGCCGUUGUAGGCAGCGGAGGGUCAUACCAUGACUUCGGGACCGCCAUCAAGGCCAUGAUGGAGGGACUGCCUAUUCCUUCUGCAGCCGACGACUUCGAAGCCUAUUUGGUGUCCGUGGCAUCGAUUACGGACGGGGACGAGAGAAUCCAAGCUUUAAGAGACUGGCGGAAGGUACCAUCAAGCUACGUCUCACAUGUUGAGGGCCAUGUCGAUCAUUUCCUGCCUUUUCUGGUUGCUGCCGGUAGUGGUGGGAAUAAACCCGGAAGAAGGAUCGAGCUUGUGAGAAACGUCGUGGGGCCGAUGAGCUUCUUCGAGUGGUAGGCGGUAGAUAUGAGAAUGGCUUGGACCGGGAGAGACCUCUGACAAGAGGAGAGGCGGGGAAGAUAUAAAGCUGGAGAAUUUAGGAAGCUACACGUUCAGUGUGAAUCAGUAAACCAUACUGCAAGAAAUAGCUAUCGGUUUGUGUCGUCUCUCCCUUCCUGGAUGAUUGCUGUUUUGUGCCUAGCCCUGGCGGGAUAACCCAGUCUAAGUUUAUAUUGUUAGGUCCAACUAGGGUACAGUAUGGCAUAAGUUUUCACGGUGAGCGUGUCCGGGCCUGUGUAAAUUUCCUAUAGCCAAGACAAAUUCUCAUAAUAUAGCCUGUGCC